GAUGGUAUUGGCUGGUGUUUGGAGUUGCCGCUGUCAGCGAAUCACCUCGCCGCCUGCUGCGCCACAUUCGCCGUAUUACAUCCUUCCGUGAGUGGCAGGGUAUGGCUGCCUAUUUGCCAUCUACGUCCACUCCUCAUUCCCAUUCCCAUCGCAUUGAUAUGAUGACGCUGCUUUCCUUUGCUUCCUCAUAAUUUCAAAAAACAUUAUCAUCCCCUUUUCUAUCGUGCGCAUCAACCUCUCACCACCACAGAUCCUACCACUAUCACCAGUUUCCUAUUUGUCAGUUUUCUACGUUCUCGAUAAGACAUAAGACACCUCGAGGCGACGAAUACCCUUCGCCACCAUGGCGUCAACUUUGACCGGGUCGCUCAUGAAGCGCGGCAUGGAGGUCGCAACUUAUGCGAGAAACGGAGGUGAGGCCGACGGCGGAGAAAAACAAUAUGAACUGCCUCUGUGGGGUUUGUUCAUGCUGGGCGCGACGAUGAUGGUGGCCUUUAUUGGAAUGUCCAUGGUAAGCCGAUCGAGUAGUGGUGGUGUUGGUUGCGCAUUAGAUGGGCCACUGCUAACGGGAUGUGUAGGUUGAGUAUACUUUUGGUCGCAUCAUUCCCACCCUCGUGAUGAUCGAGUCUCCUCCCGAGACCAUCAGCUUCGAACCUGUCCCGACCGAAGACUCCGAUGCCCCUAAGAAAACCCCGGAGCUUGAGGCUGAGACGGUCAAGCCAAAGCCCAUCACCUCUAGUUUCCGAACCACCCUACAAGUUUUGGAUAGUAAAGGAGGAUUCCGCGCUAGAUUCCGUGGUGUUUGGGUCUUCUUCGUCUCGCAGAUUGCUUUCAACUUCAUCGUCCACACUUUGCUUUCGCUGUCAUCGCUUUUGAGAUUCGUCGCACCCAUUAUCGCAAGUGUUGCUCUGGCCCAACUAAGCCUCGCAUGGACAUUGAUUGUCAUCUCCGAGCCCAGCCCAAAGACCUGGUUCCGUCGUUUGCCUGCAAAGUCAACAUGGAAGAAGGUCGCCAUACCAACCGCCGUCCUCGCCAUCACCCAGCAGCUCGCUCUCCAACUUCCUUUCUAUCUCGCCGUUGGUCUUGGUCUCACUGAGCAUGACCCAAGGCAAUUGGCCAACGUUGGAUCCCGAAAGACUGGAAUGAUGCUUUUGAGUUGCCUUGCCGUCUUUGCGUCUGGACUUCUCGUUGCAUUUUUCCUCGUCAUCCCAGCCAACGUGACUCUUGUCCGAGUCCAGGCUUCCCUACUUUCUGAUGCCGAGGAGACAAUUGUUCCCUUUGACAGAUCAUUCAACGGGAAGGUCAUCCCUGAAUUCGUUGGAGGCACUGGCGUCAUUGGUAUGCUUGAUGCAUGGAAGACCUUUGACUGGAGUGCCCGUGUCAGACUUCUCAAGGCAUACGUCAAGGUCUUGUUCCUCCAAAUCGCUCUAUAUGCCGUCCUCGUCCUCGCCAUCUUUGCCCAACUCUUUAUCAUCAUGGGCCGUGACAUCCAAAAGCUUGCUCCUUCCGAGGGAGGACAUCCUGCCCUCAUUUAGACAUCCACCGGGAAACUGUAAAUGUUGUCAUGGACAUGGUCCAUAAGUUUUACUAGGAGAAUACACUUUUGAUCGAUUGCUGCGCAAGGAUUGGAUUUCACGAUUUCUUUUGUCUCUGGGGGGAAGGAUUUGAAAUUGUUCUCGGAUACGGUGUUUGAAUUGAGACUUGGAUUUGGGG